AUGAACAAGAAGAUAAAUUCCCUAUCAAUAUCUGUUACGGUUCCCGAAGUUUUUCCUUUGAUUCUAUCUCUUCCACUACUAGUGACAUCACCAUAUUACUAUAUAACCCCGGCUCUUAUUCUUGUAGCCAUUUCAAUAUUCAACUCCGAUUUCUUUCUUUCUUUCUUUCUUUCUUUCUUUCUUUCUUUCUUUCUUUCUUUCUUUCUUUCUUUCUUUUUCACAAACACUCCUCGCAUAUCUAUCUAUCUAUCUAUCUAUCUAUCUAUCUAUCUAAUAAUAAUAAUUAACCCUGCGUUAGUCACCUCGGAUUGCUAUACUUCUCACUCUCAUUCUCUCUCUCUCAUUCUCUCUUUCUCUUAUUCUCUCUCUCUCUCUCUCUCUCUCUCUCUCUCUCUUACCCUUUCAUUCUCUAUAAUUUUAAAUCUUUCAAGGCCGAAAGUAUGGUUAAUGAUGAUAUGCCUUCUAAUGGUGGCGUUUUCUUCUUUCGGUUUUAUUACCAUUAUGUCGAUGAUGAUAGUCACUGAAGAUACCGAAUGGCUGUUUGAACAUCUAUGGGAUGAUGAUGAUAGAGCAGAAGCCGUCUUCACAAGAUUUCCCUGCAGAUUUCAAACUUUGUUCUUCUUCGACUUCUUCUAUGUUCCGUGUCCCUUCCCUCCCGUCCCUCGUCCUGAUCUAGUGUCGACCAUCUAUCUAUCUAUCUAUCUAUCUAUCUAUCUAUCUAUCUAUCUAUCUAUCUAUCUAUCUAUCUCAGUCUCUUUCUAUCUAUCUAUCUAUCUAUCUAUCUAUCUCAGUCUCUUUCUAUCUAUCUAUCUAUCUAUCUAUCUAUCUAUCUAUCUAUCUCAGUCUCUUUCUACCUGCCUAUCUAUCUAUCUAUCUAUCUAUCUAUCUAUCUAUCUAUCUAUCUAUCUCAGUCUCUUUCUACCUGCCUAUCUAUCUAUCUAUCUAUCUAUCUAUCUAUCUAUCUAUCUAUCUAUCUAUCUCAGGCUCUUUCUGCCUGCCUGCCUUCCUUACUUCCUAUCUAUCUAUCUAUCUAUCUAUCUAUCUAUCUAUCUAUCUAUCUAUCUGUCUGAUUAUAUCUGUUUAUUCUCUAUAUCUAUCUAG